AUGCCCUCAAGCGCACUGAGGUGCGGCGUUGUCAGCUGCGCAGGGGCAACUGUCCAGUUUUUUGCCGUCGCUCCACUCACCACAGGCCGGUCUCACUCAAGGCUCAAGGCUCAAGGCUCCAGGUUCCAGGUUCCAGGCAGCAGCAGCAGCAGCCGAUCUUCGGCUCGAGCCUUGCAUGAGGAGGGCGGUCAGAGGUGGGGUGGUGUUGGUCCUCUCCUCUCUUCUCUAUCGACAGCACUCCUGCAAGAGACUGCCGAACGCUGCCACCGAGCUCCCACCAAAACAUCCCCCCCAAUCCACCACCACCGGCCCCGGCGAGUCGAGUCAUAG